UAAAUGGUUGGAACUUCAUACAUGUGUUGACGCAGGCAACAUGCACGCAGCUUUCUACAGUAACUGUUAGCCAAGGGAUCAUAGCAUACCAUAGUGGUUCAUGGCCACUGGGGGACACGUCUCCCAUUAACAAGGACAGCGGACUCGUGACGCGUCCGGGAUCGCCAAUGCAAAUGUGUAUGCUCCCUCACUCCCUACCAUCUAGUUUUGUAACGAUCUGCUCUUCCAUGGAGAGGGAGAGAGUGGAGAAAGACGAGGAGCGGGGAGACGAUUCUUAAACGUAGCAAUACAAACGUGGCUUCACAGGUUUUGGAUAUAAAAUAGGAGCGAAUAUUUUAGAUUUCAGAAUACGUGGGAGAGAGAUUCGACCCUGAAUCUGAUAGCUUUCUGUAUGAUAAAACGUAGUCUCGAACCGUCGACAUCCAAGGUUUUUCCAAGAAACUACUGGCUUCCAGGGCUUGCUGGCUGUUCUGUUCCCUUGGCGAUUACUGUAAAGUCUGGCGCUGCUGUGACACAUCUGAGGGACCUGAUUACACAGUGGUCCUUUUGGUUACCAGUCCAAAGGCAUGGCAAUGAACCACAAAGAGUCAUUAACCAUCUAAGGCUGCAGCCAGGUAGCCUACCUACUGUGUGACUGGACUGAUGGGGCCUUGGGAAGGUUAUAAUGAGGUUUUAACCCUCACCAUUCUGUCUGGAAUGGUGGCUCACUAAGGGUCAAAGAGCCACCAACUGAACAGUGGGGAUGGCCACGCCCCUCUACAGGCUGCGUUGCUUCCUGCGGCGAGCUCAGAUGCUUCUCCUCUUCCUGGGGAUUGCCUACCUGAUGGCAGGGAGCAUCCUGCUGCUGCAGCGCUCCAGCCUGACCCUAAAGACCGCUCAGCCACCAGGCGACGCCAGUCUCCCUUCUCUCAUGGCACUGCCAGCACCUCCCACAGCCGUGAGGGCCUCCCCUGGCCUGGGCCUGAGGGCACGCUCCAGAUGGGCAGCCACCCAGGGUGUGUUGGGUGGUGGAGGGGGCAUCAAGACGGGGCGACAAUGGCCCACGUCCCGACACUUGGGGGUCCAACACCUGCAUCACCGCUGGUUCCACGGUCUCAUGCCAGACACGCAGGAGCAGAGAGGUCCUCUACAACGCAAUAAAAGGCAUAAAGGGACCUACAUGGGCUGCUUCAUGCAUGAUGCCAAUGAACGAGCCCUGGGGGGAACCAUGCUGUAUGAUCUGCGCAAAAUGACCAGCUCUCUGUGUCAAGACACCUGCUCAGAAAGUGGUUACCGGUUCGCAGGUCUGGAGUAUGGAGCAGAGUGUCACUGUGGUAACCGCAUCAGCAGCCCGCGUGCUCAGGAGGAGGACUGUAGCCUGGGCUGCAGAGGGGAGAGGGGGAAGAGGGGAGCACCCUGUGGUGGCGUGGGGCGCCUCUCCAUCUACAAGGUGGAGGAACAGCUCCCAGGACAGAGGAAAUUCAGAAACGUCCGCUACAGUGGCUGCUUCAAGUUGCCCAAAAACAACACUAUCAUCUUCCCUGUCUACUCCCUCCAGUCAAACUCCACGUCACAGUCCUGCAUCGAGACCUGCACAGAUAAGGAGCUCCCACUGGCUGUGUUGAGGAACCCACACUGUUACUGUGCCUGGGCCUCGUCUCUGUUUAGACUGAACCAACGUCUGCCACCAGACCAGCCAUGUCUGGAGACCAACGGCACAGCACACACUGUUGCCUCCACAUCCCGGUCGGACCAAUACUACUACCAGGUCUACCAGACACCUGUGCUUGACUCCAGGUGCAAAGAGAGGACGUUUCUACCUGAGAGGUCCACCUCCCUGGUGGCUCUCUCCAGCUUCCCCGGAGCUGGCAACACCUGGGUACGCCACCUGAUCGAGCUCGUGACAGGCUACUACACUGGCAGCUUCUACUUCGAUGGCACGCUUUACAACAGAGGUUUCAAAGGGGAGAAGGACUACUGGAAGAGUGGGCGUAGCAUCUGUGUGAAGACCCAUGAGAGUGGGCAGAGAGAGAUCGAGAUGUUUGACUUUGCCAUCUUACUGAUCCGUAACCCCUACCGUUCCCUUAUGGCAGAGUUCAACAGGAAGUGUGCCGGACACCUUGGCUACGCCACAGACAAACAGUGGAGGAGCAAAGAGUGGCCAGAGUUUGUUGACAGCUAUGCCCCCUGGUGGGCAUCCCACGCUCUGAGCUGGCUGCAGUUUGGCCGUCGCCUGUUGGUGGUACACUACGAGGACCUGCAGAGGGCGCUCUUUCCCCAGCUCCGCCUCCUCACCUCCUUCCUCAACGCCACCAUAACGGAGGAGAGGCUGAUGUGUGCCCAGAGCAACCAGGACGGUCACUUCAAACGCUCUGGUAGGGCCCAGCGGCCCUCCUUCGACCCCUUCACAGCGGAGUUGAGGAGCACCAUUGACUCCUACAUCCACACAGUGGACCAGGCCCUGAGGGACAGGAACUACAGCGGCCUGCCGCACGAUUACAUACCCAGAUGAUGAUCCUCAGCUGAUCCACACUGGAGUCCAAAAGGACACGUCAACAAAUAAAGGGGAGGGGGAAGGUGUAAUCUCUGCCACCACUCCAAAGGUAGUAGUCCAGUCUAGUCAUUAGCAUGGUUGGGUGAAAGGUUUUUAGAUGUGUUGGAGAAUUCUGUCAGCUACAGAACAUUUUCAGAUGAGUGACUCAGAGGGAAAGUGACUGUAUGAACACACCAAUGGGUAAUUGUUUGACACACUUGACAUGUGAGUGUAGUAACAUUGAGUUAAACGUCAGUGUAAACUGUCAGUGUCACUGGGAUGAAAACAUGGCUGAACAUUACAGCUCCUGCUGAAAGGUCUCAGGGCUAGAGCCAGACUCUCUCUAUUGGAAGAAAAGGGAAACAUCUCCCUUUUCACUGCAGGCGUUGGGAGUAUGGAGCAAGUGCCUGUCUGCAAAAACAAUUAAAUCAAGCAUUGUAGACUCUGAGGCUUUUAGCUUUAAAUGGAAUCUUUAGGUUAUUUCUAUUUGUUUGGGAUUUUUGUCAUGUUUAAUAUCAGUUUUACUGGUAGAGGGCAGUUGAACAGAAAAUGUGCCAUUCAAUAAUGUCGAUCGGAUCGUUGUAAUGGACUUAUGCCAAUUAAAUCUCCAUAUGUUUA